UUUUUGGAUAGAUAAACAUCAAAGUAAUUGUUGGCAAGUAAGCUUCACACAAAUUCAGUUAAUGUUACGUGCAAAUAGUUCAAGUAAUCAUGUGGGGACGAAUAAAUCAAAUGGUUUCCGGAGAGCAGCAAAAGAUCGAGAGCCUUGAGUCUCAGCUAGAGGAAGAGCAGCAGCGAAAUAAAGCAAUCAAUGAUCAAUUUAAGAAGCUUUUGAAAGAAAAAGAGAAAGAAAUUCAGUUGUUAAAGUCAGCCUCUGGUGGAAGUGUGGGUGAGGAUACAAAUAGAGCAACAGAUGAUAGAGAAGAAAUUUGUGAAGAACUAGUUAGAUUGCAGCGCAAAGUUGAAGAAUGUCAAAUUCUUAAUCAGCAAAAAGAUGAAAAUAUCAAGGUUCUCAUGCAGCAGGUUCUGGAAGCAGAGGAAUUGAAAGAUAAAGUUGAAGCACAGGAACGUGUGAAUUCUGAGAAGCUUAUGUUUGAACUUGCUACUCGAAUAGAAGCCCACGAAAAAAUCAGUGUCAAACUUGAAGAAAUGAAACAUGUAUUAGAACAAAAAGACCUAGCUGUUCAAGAUAUGGCUGAUGAGGUUGGAGCAAAAGAGCAACUUCUAAAAGCCAAGGAUGAGGCUGUUAAGAAGUUGAAGGAAAUGAUAAAAGGUACAGCUGCAGAAGAGUUAUUGGAAUCUUUAGAAACCGCUGAAGCUACUUGCAUUGAAAGGGAAACAGAGAUUAAACAUCUAAAGUCAUUAGUUGAAAAGCUAAGUGAUGGUAAUGGCGAAGAUGUCAGCAAGAUAAUAAACGAGGAGAAAGACAAGCAUAUUAAAACAUUGUCAAUGGAAAUGAAAGAGCGUGAUGAUCUCAUUCGUAAACUUGAAAAAGAAAGAAAUGAUCUUAUUGAAGAAAGCAGCAAGGAAAAAGGAGUCAGGGAGCAAGACAAAGCUGUAGAAGAACUCCAGGAUCUAGUUAGAAAACUUGAAGUGGAAUCUCAAGGUUUACAUUCUAAACUGAGUAUGUCAGACAGUGAAGUUGAAAAGUUGCAAAAAAUGUUGGAAGAGUCAGAAGACAAAGCAGCAUCCUUUGAAAAUGAAUUGCAGAAAUUAAACAAGCAACAUAAUUCUAGGCUUGAAGAAUUGGGGAAACUGAGUGAGCGAUUGUUACUUAGAGAAAAAGAAGUAGGAGAAUUUUCUAACAAAUAUGAAAAAGCAAUGUCUGAGUCUAAUAUUCUUAAAGAUCAAUUGGAUAAGCUUGGAUCUGAACUCACAACGGAACUGGACAAUGAAAAGAAAGAGAAUGAGUCCCAGAAGGAGAAAUGUGAAAAAUUAGAGAAAGUGAAUGAAUUACAAAAAAAAGAUCUUGAUUCUGCUGAGCUCCAAUUAGCAUCAGUUAGAAGAGAAAAAGAAUUUUUACUGCAGGAAAAUGAAAACCUAAAGGACGAUUUAUCACAAAUAAUGGAUGGAAGUAGUAAUGAACUGAGUCAGCAGUUACAAGAAAGAGAUGAGAAGGAGCGAAUUCUUCACGAGGAGAUUGAAAAAUUGAAAAACGAAAGUGAUGUACUUACUAGAACAAUUUCUGACCUUGAGGCAACAAUUGUAAAAUUGGAUGAAGACGUCAAUGCCUCACAUGAUCAGGUCAAUGACUCAAAACAACGUGAGACAAAAAUGGAAAAAAGCCUAGGGGAAAUGAAGGUUGAACGGGAAUCUUUAGAGCUCCGAGUUUUGGAAAUGGAACAGGCUUUGGAUGAGUUUGUAAAAUCAACAGAAUCUAGAAAGAAAUCCAGUGGGAGGUCUAGUGCAGAAUUGCAACCUGCUUCAUCAGAUGGUGAUUCUGUUCAAUCUUCUCCACAACAUGCUCCCACAAUGAGUCCUACAUUCAUUGGUUCAAAAGCUUUUAGCGAUAUUUUGAAGGUUUUGGAGGAGGAGAGAAUUGACAUGGAAAAACGUUUGGAAAGUUCAGUGCAGGAAUGCAAUGACUUAAAGGAGAGUAAUACAAAAUUCGAAAAUUUAUUACAAUCUGAAAAGGAAAAGUUUGAUAAAGUUCUUUUGAAAACAGAUGAGCUUACCUCAUUGCUAGAAAGUAAGGAGGAUGAAAAGAAUGAACUGGUUUCCAAACUGGAAGAAGAAUUAGGUUUAGUAAAGUCAUUGUUAAGUGCCGCAGAAGAAAACAGUAAAAAUUUGAAUAACAAAGAAAAAGAAAUGGAAACCUUGAUAUCAACACUUCAAACAAACCUUCAAACUAAGGAUGAUGAAAUCAAACUACUCCAACAAAAUUCUGCUAGAAUUAACAGCAUGUUAGAUGAAACAGUCACAAGCACCAAGACAGAAAAAGAUACUCUUUUAAUGGAAAUGACACAGCUCCAAGAAGAGAACGAAAAUUUGCAAAAUAUAAAUAGAGAUCUCCAUAAAACAAAUGACAAACUACUUGUACAACAUCAACAACUUCUUAAUGAUCAAGAUCUCCACAUUAAUCAGAUUAAUAUACUGCAAAACAGAAAUAAUGAAAUGAAUGAUUCCUGCAAAAAACUAAAAUCAGAAAAUGAUUCCAAUAAAUCAACACUGUGCCAAAAUAAUAUAAUGCUGGAAAAUACAAAAGAUGCUUUGGCAAAAACCUCCACAGAGCUUGAGAAUAUCUCUAGCGAGCUUCUUCAAACUAAAUUUGCUUUGCAAGAAGGCAAAGAGGAAUUGGAGGGUUUGAAAUGCGACAGUAGCAAGAAAAUUACCGACCUGGAGUUGCAACUUAAAGCAAGAAUCGCUGAACUGUCUGAGACUAAUGCUUUGUUUCAACAGACUUCAAACGAACUGGAAGAGAAGGUGUCUGCCCUGGACAACGCAAAUGGUCAGAUAGACACUAAAACCCAGAGGCUGGAGCAACUGACAAGGGAGUUGAAAGAAACUAAAGACAACCUAGAAUCAGAGUUAGAGCAGAUAAAAGCUACACUUGAGGAAAGCGAAAGAAACCUGGAAGCAACGGCCACGGAACUGGAAGAGACCCGGGAGAGUUUUGAAAAUUCAAAGGCAGAGUCUACAGCCAAAGUUACUGCUCUCGAGGACAGUUUAAGAUCUUUGGAAAGCAAAUUGGAAGAUUUGCAGAAUACUACAAGGGAAUCCAUCGACUUGAAGGAGCUGGAGGUUGCUUCGUUGCGUGAUGAGCUCGAAGGUGCGAAAAAAGAGGUGUUGCGAUUAGAAGUGUCUGCGGAGGAGAAGAGCAGGAUCAUUGCAGAAAAGAGCAACGAGGUGAACUCUGCUUUCGAGUCUAUACAGCAGUCUUCGAACCAAGUUGAAUCCCUGCAAGAGGAGGUCUUCUUGAAAAGCGAAGACAUUAAAAGGCUGGCAGCCGAAAAGUCGGAUUUGGAAAACAACCUUUCUGUAGUUUCAGAGGAAAGAAAAGAGUUGCAAUCGGAAUUAGCGAAAACUAAGGCGAACCUGGAUGAAAGCGAGAAGAAUUUAGAAGCUACGGUCACUGAGCUUGAAGAGACGUGCAAGAAUUUGGAAAGUACGACAAUGGAUUCUUCCAAAAAAAUGGCCGAGUUGGAAAGCUGCAAACACGGCUUGGAAGAAAAAGUUAGGCUAGGGGAGGAAUCCUUGUUGGCGACAAAACUUGAGCUGGAAACAAGCACGUCAGCCCUGGAAACGGCCCAGGCACAACUUCGCGAUGCGAAGGAUUCUUUUGCUAACACGAGCCGUGCGCUGGAAAAUACAAAAGAUGCUUUGGCAAAAACUUCCACAGAGCUUGAGAAUAUCUCUAGCGAGCUUCUUCAAACUAAAUUUGCUUUGCAAGAAGGCAAAGAGGAACUGGAGGGUUUGAAAUGCGACAGUAGCAAGAAAAUUACCGACCUGGAGUUGCAACUUGAAGCAAGAAUCGCUGAACUGUCUGAGACUAAUGCUUUGUUUCAACAGACUUCAAACGAACUGGAAGAGAAGGUGUCUGCCCUGGACAACGCAAAUGGUCAGAUAGACACUAAAACCCAGAGGCUGGAGCAACUGACAAGGGAGUUGAAAGAAACUAAAGACAACCUAGAAUCAGAGUUAGAGCAGAUAAAAGCUACACUUGAGGAAAGCGAAAGAAACCUGGAAGCAACGGCCACGGAACUGGAAGAGACCCGGGAGAGUUUUGAAAAUUCAAAGGCAGAGUCUACAGCCAAAGUUACUGCUCUCGAGGACAGUUUAAGAUCUUUGGAAAGCAAAUUGAAAGAUUUGCAGAAUACUACAAGGGAAUCCAUCGACUUGAAGGAGCUGGAGGUUGCUUCGUUGCGUGAUGAGCUCGAAGGUGCGAAAAAAGAGGUGUUGCGAUUAGAAGUGUCUGCGGAGGAGAAGAGCAGGAUCAUUGCAGAAAAGAGCAACGAGGUGAACUCUGCUUUCGAGUCUAUACAGCAGUCUUCGAACCAAGUUGAAUCCCUGCAAGAGGAGGUCUUCUUGAAAAGCGAAGACAUUAAAAGGCUGGCAGCCGAAAAGUCGGAUUUGGAAAACAACCUUUCUGUAGUUUCAGAGGAAAGAAAAGAGUUGCAAUCGGAAUUAGCGAAAACUAAGGCGAACCUGGAUGAAAGCGAGAAGAAUUUAGAAGCUACGGUCACUGAGCUUGAAGAGACGUGCAAGAAUUUGGAAAGUACGACAAUGGAUUCUUCCAAAAAAAUGGCCGAGUUGGAAAGCUGCAAACACGGCUUGGAAGAAAAAGUUAGGCUAGGGGAGGAAUCCUUGUUGGCGACAAAACUUGAGCUGGAAACAAGCACGUCAGCCCUGGAAACGGCCCAGGCACAACUUCGCGAUGCGAAGGAUUCUUUUGCUAACACGAGCCGUGCGCUGGAAAAUACAAAAGAUGCUUUGGCAAAAACUUCCACAGAGCUUGAGAAUAUCUCUAGCGAGCUUCUUCAAACUAAAUUUGCUUUGCAAGAAGGCAAAGAGGAACUGGAGGGUUUGAAAUGCGACAGUAGCAAGAAAAUUACCGACCUGGAGUUGCAACUUGAAGCAAGAAUCGCUGAACUGUCUGAGACUAAUGCUUUGUUUCAACAGACUUCAAACGAACUGGAAGAGAAGGUGUCUGCCCUGGACAACGCAAAUGGUCAGAUAGACACUAAAACCCAGAGGCUGGAGCAACUGACAAGGGAGUUGAAAGAAACUAAAGACAACCUAGAAUCAGAGUUAGAGCAGAUAAAAGCUACACUUGAGGAAAGCGAAAGAAACCUGGAAGCAACGGCCACGGAACUGGAAGAGACCCGGGAGAGUUUUGAAAAUUCAAAGGCAGAGUCUACAGCCAAAGUUACUGCUCUCGAGGACAGUUUAAGAUCUUUGGAAAGCAAAUUGGAAGAUUUGCAGAAUACUACAAGGGAAUCCAUCGACUUGAAGGAGCUGGAGGUUGCUUCGUUGCGUGAUGAGCUCGAAGGUGCGAAAAAAGAGGUGUUGCGAUUAGAAGUGUCUGCGGAGGAGAAGAGCAGGAUCAUUGCAGAAAAGAGCAACGAGGUGAACUCUGCUUUCGAGUCUAUACAGCAGUCUUCGAACCAAGUUGAAUCCCUGCAAGAGGAGGUCUUCUUGAAAAGCGAAGACAUUAAAAGGCUGGCAGCCGAAAAGUCGGAUUUGGAAAACAACCUUUCUGUAGUUUCAGAGGAAAGAAAAGAGUUGCAAUCGGAAUUAGCGAAAACUAAGGCGAACCUGGAUGAAAGCGAGAAGAAUUUAGAAGCUACGGUCACUGAGCUUGAAGAGACGUGCAAGAAUUUGGAAAGUACGACAAUGGAUUCUUCCAAAAAAAUGGCCGAGUUGGAAAGCUGCAAACACGGCUUGGAAGAAAAAGUUAGGCUAGGGGAGGAAUCCUUGUUGGCGACAAAACUUGAGCUGGAAACAAGCACGUCAGCCCUGGAAACGGCCCAGGCACAACUUCGCGAUGCGAAGGAUUCUUUUGCUAACACGAGCCGUGCGCUGGAAAAUACAAAAGAUGCUUUGGCAAAAACUUCCACAGAGCUUGAGAAUAUCUCUAGCGAGCUUCUUCAAACUAAAUUUGCUUUGCAAGAAGGCAAAGAGGAACUGGAGGGUUUGAAAUGCGACAGUAGCAAGAAAAUUACCGACCUGGAGUUGCAACUUGAAGCAAGAAUCGCUGAACUGUCUGAGACUAAUGCUUUGUUUCAACAGACUUCAAACGAACUGGAAGAGAAGGUGUCUGCCCUGGACAACGCAAAUGGUCAGAUAGACACUAAAACCCAGAGGCUGGAGCAACUGACAAGGGAGUUGAAAGGAACUAAAGACAACCUAGAAUCAGAGUUUGAGCAGAUAAAAGCUACACUUGAGGAAAGCGAAAGAAACCUGGAAGCAACGGCCACGGAACUGGAAAAGACCCGGGAGAGUUUUGAAAAUUCAAAGGCAGAGUCUACAGCCAAAGUUACUGCUCUCGAGGACAGUUUAAGAUCUUUGGAAAGCAAAUUGGAAGAUUUGCAGAAUACUACAAGGGAAUCCAUCGACUUGAAGGAGCUGGAGGUUGCUUCGUUGCGUGAUGAGCUCGAAGGUGCGAAAAAAGAGGUGUUGCGAUUAGAAGUGUCUGCGGAGGAGAAGAGCAAGAUCAUUGCAGAAAAGAGCAACGAGGUGAACUCUGCUUUCGAGUCUAUACAGCAGUCUUCGAACCAAGUUGAAUCCCUGCAAGAGGAGGUCUUCUUGAAAAGCGAAGACAUUAAAAGGCUGGCAGCCGAAAAGUCGGAUUUGGAAAACAACCUUUCUGUAGUUUCAGAGGAAAGAAAAGAGUUGCAAUCGGAAUUAGCGAAAACUAAGGCGAACCUGGAUGAAAGCGAGAAGAAUUUAGAAGCUACGGUCACUGAGCUUGAAGAGACGUGCAAGAAUUUGGAAAGUACGACAAUGGAUUCUUCCAAAAAAAUGGCCGAGUUGGAAAGCUGCAAACACGGCUUGGAAGAAAAAGUUAGGCUAGGGGAGGAAUCCUUGUUGGCGACAAAACUUGAGCUGGAAACAAGCACGUCAGCCCUGGAAACGGCCCAGGCACAACUUCGCGAUGCGAAGGAUUCUUUUGCUAACACGAGCCGUGCGCUGGAAAAUACAAAAUAUGCUUUGGCAAAAACUUCCACAGAGCUUGAGAAUAUCUCUAGCGAGCUUCUUCAAACUAAAUUUGCUUUGCAAGAAGGCAAAGAGGAACUGGAGGGUUUGAAAUGCGACAGUAGCAAGAAAAUUACCGACCUGGAGUUGCAACUUGAAGCAAGAAUCGCUGAACUGUCUGAGACUAAUGCUUUGUUUCAACAGACUUCAAACGAACUGGAAGAGAAGGUGUCUGCCCUGGACAACGCAAAUGGUCAGAUAGACACUAAAACCCAGAGGCUGGAGCAACUGACAAGGGAGUUGAAAGAAACUAAAGACAACCUAGAAUCAGAGUUAGAGCAGAUAAAAGCUACACUUGAGGAAAGCGAAAGAAACCUGGAAGCAACGGCCACGGAACUGGAAGAGACCCGGGAGAGUUUUGGAAAUUCAAAGGCAGAGUCUACAGCCAAAGUUACUGCUCUCGAGGACAGUUUAAGAUCUUUGGAAAGCAAAUUGGAAGAUUUGCAGAAUACUACAAGGGAAUCCAUCGACUUGAAGGAGCUGGAGGUUGCUUCGUUGCGUGAUGAGCUCGAAGGUGCGAAAAAAGAGGUGUUGCGAUUAGAAGUGUCUGCGGAGGAGAAGAGCAGGAUCAUUGCAGAAAAGAGCAACGAGGUGAACUCUGCUUUCGAGUCUAUACAGCAGUCUUCGAACCAAGUUGAAUCCCUGCAAGAGGAGGUCUUCUUGAAAAGCGAAGACAUUAAAAGGCUGGCAGCCGAAAAGUCGGAUUUGGAAAACAACCUUUCUGUAGUUUCAGAGGAAAGAAAAGAGUUGCAAUCGGAAUUAGCGAAAACUAAGGCGAACCUGGAUGAAAGCGAGAAGAAUUUAGAAGCUACGGUCACUGAGCUUGAAGAGACGUGCAAGAAUUUGGAAAGUACGACAAUGGAUUCUUCCAAAAAAAUGGCCGAGUUGGAAAGCUGCAAACACGGCUUGGAAGAAAAAGUUAGGCUAGGGGAGGAAUCCUUGUUGGCGACAAAACUUGAGCUGGAAACAAGCACGUCAGCCCUGGAAACGGCCCAGGCACAACUUCGCGAUGCGAAGGAUUCUUUUGCUAACACGAGCCGUGCGCUGGAAAAUACAAAAGAUGCUUUGGCAAAAACUUCCACAGAGCUUGAGAAUAUCUCUAGCGAGCUUCUUCAAACUAAAUUUGCUUUGCAAGAAGGCAAAGAGGAACUGGAGGGUUUGAAAUGCGACAGUAGCAAGAAAAUUACCGACCUGGAGUUGCAACUUGAAGCAAGAAUCGCUGAACUGUCUGAGACUAAUGCUUUGUUUCAACAGACUUCAAACGAACUGGAAGAGAAGGUGUCUGCCCUGGACAACGCAAAUGGUCAGAUAGACACUAAAACCCAGAGGCUGGAGCAACUGACAAGGGAGUUGAAAGAAACUAAAGACAACCUAGAAUCAGAGUUAGAGCAGAUAAAAGCUACACUUGAGGAAAGCGAAAGAAACCUGGAAGCAACGGCCACGGAACUGGAAGAGACCCGGGAGAGUUUUGAAAAUUCAAAGGCAGAGUCUACAGCCAAAGUUACUGCUCUCGAGGACAGUUUAAGAUCUUUGGAAAGCAAAUUGAAAGAUUUGCAGAAUACUACAAGGGAAUCCAUCGACUUGAAGGAGCUGGAGGUUGCUUCGUUGCGUGAUGAGCUCGAAGGUGCGAAAAAAGAGGUGUUGCGAUUAGAAGUGUCUGCGGAGGAGAAGAGCAGGAUCAUUGCAGAAAAGAGCAACGAGGUGAACUCUGCUUUCGAGUCUAUACAGCAGUCUUCGAACCAAGUUGAAUCCCUGCAAGAGGAGGUCUUCUUGAAAAGCGAAGACAUUAAAAGGCUGGCAGCCGAAAAGUCGGAUUUGGAAAACAACCUUUCUGUAGUUUCAGAGGAAAGAAAAGAGUUGCAAUCGGAAUUAGCGAAAACUAAGGCGAACCUGGAUGAAAGCGAGAAGAAUUUAGAAGCUACGGUCACUGAGCUUGAAGAGACGUGCAAGAAUUUGGAAAGUACGACAAUGGAUUCUUCCAAAAAAAUGGCCGAGUUGGAAAGCUGCAAACACGGCUUGGAAGAAAAAGUUAGGCUAGGGGAGGAAUCCUUGUUGGCGACAAAACUUGAGCUGGAAACAAGCACGUCAGCCCUGGAAACGGCCCAGGCACAACUUCGCGAUGCGAAGGAUUCUUUUGCUAACACGAGCCGUGCGCUGGAAAAUACAAAAGAUGCUUUGGCAAAAACUUCCACAGAGCUUGAGAAUAUCUCUAGCGAGCUUCUUCAAACUAAAUUUGCUUUGCAAGAAGGCAAAGAGGAACUGGAGGGUUUGAAAUGCGACAGUAGCAAGAAAAUUACCGACCUGGAGUUGCAACUUGAAGCAAGAAUCGCUGAACUGUCUGAGACUAAUGCUUUGUUUCAACAGACUUCAAACGAACUGGAAGAGAAGGUGUCUGCCCUGGACAACGCAAAUGGUCAGAUAGACACUAAAACCCAGAGGCUGGAGCAACUGACAAGGGAGUUGAAAGAAACUAAAGACAACCUAGAAUCAGAGUUAGAGCAGAUAAAAGCUACACUUGAGGAAAGCGAAAGAAACCUGGAAGCAACGGCCACGGAACUGGAAGAGACCCGGGAGAGUUUUGAAAAUUCAAAGGCAGAGUCUACAGCCAAAGUUACUGCUCUCGAGGACAGUUUAAGAUCUUUGGAAAGCAAAUUGAAAGAUUUGCAGAAUACUACAAGGGAAUCCAUCGACUUGAAGGAGCUGGAGGUUGCUUCGUUGCGUGAUGAGCUCGAAGGUGCGAAAAAAGAGGUGUUGCGAUUAGAAGUGUCUGCGGAGGAGAAGAGCAGGAUCAUUGCAGAAAAGAGCAACGAGGUGAACUCUGCUUUCGAGUCUAUACAGCAGUCUUCGAACCAAGUUGAAUCCCUGCAAGAGGAGGUCUUCUUGAAAAGCGAAGACAUUAAAAGGCUGGCAGCCGAAAAGUCGGAUUUGGAAAACAACCUUUCUGUAGUUUCAGAGGAAAGAAAAGAGUUGCAAUCGGAAUUAGCGAAAACUAAGGCGAACCUGGAUGAAAGCGAGAAGAAUUUAGAAGCUACGGUCACUGAGCUUGAAGAGACGUGCAAGAAUUUGGAAAGUACGACAAUGGAUUCUUCCAAAAAAAUGGCCGAGUUGGAAAGCUGCAAACACGGCUUGGAAGAAAAAGUUAGGCUAGGGGAGGAAUCCUUGUUGGCGACAAAACUUGAGCUGGAAACAAGCACGUCAGCCCUGGAAACGGCCCAGGCAAAACUUCGCGAUGCGAAGGAUUCUUUUGCUAACACGAGCCGUGCGCUGGAAAAUACAAAAGAUGCUUUGGCAAAAACUUCCACAGAGCUUGAGAAUAUCUCUAGCGAGCUUCUUCAAACUAAAUUUGCUUUGCAAGAAGGCAAAGAGGAACUGGAGGGUUUGAAAUGCGACAGUAGCAAGAAAAUUACCGACCUGGAGUUGCAACUUGAAGCAAGAAUCGCUGAACUGUCUGAGACUAAUGCUUUGUUUCAACAGACUUCAAACGAACUGGAAGAGAAGGUGUCUGCCCUGGACAACGCAAAUGGUCAGAUAGACACUAAAACCCAGAGGCUGGAGCAACUGACAAGGGAGUUGAAAGAAACUAAAGACAACCUAGAAUCAGAGUUAGAGCAGAUAAAAGCUACACUUGAGGAAAGCGAAAGAAACCUGGAAGCAACGGCCACGGAACUGGAAGAGACCCGGGAGAGUUUUGAAAAUUCAAAGGCAGAGUCUACAGCCAAAGUUACUGCUCUCGAGGACAGUUUAAGAUCUUUGGAAAGCAAAUUGAAAGAUUUGCAGAAUACUACAAGGGAAUCCAUCGACUUGAAGGAGCUGGAGGUUGCUUCGUUGCGUGAUGAGCUCGAAGGUGCGAAAAAAGAGGUGUUGCGAUUAGAAGUGUCUGCGGAGGAGAAGAGCAGGAUCAUUGCAGAAAAGAGCAACGAGGUGAACUCUGCUUUCGAGUCUAUACAGCAGUCUUCGAACCAAGUUGAAUCCCUGCAAGAGGAGGUCUUCUUGAAAAGCGAAGACAUUAAAAGGCUGGCAGCCGAAAAGUCGGAUUUGGAAAACAACCUUUCUGUAGUUUCAGAGGAAAGAAAAGAGUUGCAAUCGGAAUUAGCGAAAACUAAGGCGAACCUGGAUGAAAGCGAGAAGAAUUUAGAAGCUACGGUCACUGAGCUUGAAGAGACGUGCAAGAAUUUGGAAAGUACGACAAUGGAUUCUUCCAAAAAAAUGGCCGAGUUGGAAAGCUGCAAACACGGCUUGGAAGAAAAAGUUAGGCUAGGGGAGGAAUCCUUGUUGGCGACAAAACUUGAGCUGGAAACAAGCACGUCAGCCCUGGAAACGGCCCAGGCACAACUUCGCGAUGCGAAGGAUUCUUUUGCUAACACGAGCCGUGCGCUGGAAAAUACAAAAGAUGCUUUGGCAAAAACUUCCACAGAGCUUGAGAAUAUCUCUAGCGAGCUUCUUCAAACUAAAUUUGCUUUGCAAGAAGGCAAAGAGGAACUGGAGGGUUUGAAAUGCGACAGUAGCAAGAAAAUUACCGACCUGGAGUUGCAACUUGAAGCAAGAAUCGCUGAACUGUCUGAGACUAAUGCUUUGUUUCAACAGACUUCAAACGAACUGGAAGAGAAGGUGUCUGCCCUGGACAACGCAAAUGGUCAGAUAGACACUAAAACCCAGAGGCUGGAGCAACUGACAAGGGAGUUGAAAGAAACUAAAGACAACCUAGAAUCAGAGUUAGAGCAGAUAAAAGCUACACUUGAGGAAAGCGAAAGAAACCUGGAAGCAACGGCCACGGAACUGGAAGAGACCCGGGAGAGUUUUGAAAAUUCAAAGGCAGAGUCUACAGCCAAAGUUACUGCUCUCGAGGACAGUUUAAGAUCUUUGGAAAGCAAAUUGAAAGAUUUGCAGAAUACUACAAGGGAAUCCAUCGACUUGAAGGAGCUGGAGGUUGCUUCGUUGCGUGAUGAGCUCGAAGGUGCGAAAAAAGAGGUGUUGCGAUUAGAAGUGUCUGCGGAGGAGAAGAGCAGGAUCAUUGCAGAAAAGAGCAACGAGGUGAACUCUGCUUUCGAGUCUAUACAGCAGUCUUCGAACCAAGUUGAAUCCCUGCAAGAGGAGGUCUUCUUGAAAAGCGAAGACAUUAAAAGGCUGGCAGCCGAAAAGUCGGAUUUGGAAAACAACCUUUCUGUAGUUUCAGAGGAAAGAAAAGAGUUGCAAUCGGAAUUAGCGAAAACUAAGGCGAACCUGGAUGAAAGCGAGAAGAAUUUAGAAGCUACGGUCACUGAGCUUGAAGAGACGUGCAAGAAUUUGGAAAGUACGACAAUGGAUUCUUCCAAAAAAAUGGCCGAGUUGGAAAGCUGCAAACACGGCUUGGAAGAAAAAGUUAGGCUAGGGGAGGAAUCCUUGUUGGCGACAAAACUUGAGCUGGAAACAAGCACGUCAGCCCUGGAAACGGCCCAGGCACAACUUCGCGAUGCGAAGGAUUCUUUUGCUAACACGAGCCGUGCGCUGGAAAAUACAAAAGAUGCUUUGGCAAAAACUUCCACAGAGCUUGAGAAUAUCUCUAGCGAGCUUCUUCAAACUAAAUUUGCUUUGCAAGAAGGCAAAGAGGAACUGGAGGGUUUGAAAUGCGACAGUAGCAAGAAAAUUACCGACCUGGAGUUGCAACUUGAAGCAAGAAUCGCUGAACUGUCUGAGACUAAUGCUUUGUUUCAACAGACUUCAAACGAACUGGAAGAGAAGGUGUCUGCCCUGGACAACGCAAAUGGUCAGAUAGACACUAAAACCCAGAGGCUGGAGCAACUGACAAGGGAGUUGAAAGGAACUAAAGACAACCUAGAAUCAGAGUUAGAGCAGAUAAAAGCUACACUUGAGGAAAGCGAAAGAAACCUGGAAGCAACGGCCACGGAACUGGAAAAGACCCGGGAGAGUUUUGAAAAUUCAAAGGCAGAGUCUACAGCCAAAGUUACUGCUCUCGAGGACAGUUUAAGAUCUUUGGAAAGCAAAUUGAAAGAUUUGCAGAAUACUACAAGGGAAUCCAUCGACUUGAAGGAGCUGGAGGUUGCUUCGUUGCGUGAUGAGCUCGAAGGUGCGAAAAAAGAGGUGUUGCGAUUAGAAGUGUCUGCGGAGGAGAAGAGCAGGAUCAUUGCAGAAAAGAGCAACGAGGUGAACUCUGCUUUCGAGUCUAUACAGCAGUCUUCGAACCAAGUUGAAUCCCUGCAAGAGGAGGUCUUCUUGAAAAGCGAAGACAUUAAAAGGCUGGCAGCCGAAAAGUCGGAUUUGGAAAACAACCUUUCUGUAGUUUCAGAGGAAAGAAAAGAGUUGCAAUCGGAAUUAGCGAAAACUAAGGCGAACCUGGAUGAAAGCGAGAAGAAUUUAGAAGCUACGGUCACUGAGCUUGAAGAGACGUGCAAGAAUUUGGAAAGUACGACAAUGGAUUCUUCCAAAAAAAUGGCCGAGUUGGAAAGCUGCAAACACGGCUUGGAAGAAAAAGUUAGGCUAGGGGAGGAAUCCUUGUUGGCGACAAAACUUGAGCUGGAAACAAGCACGUCAGCCCUGGAAACGGCCCAGGCACAACUUCGCGAUGCGAAGGAUUCUUUUGCUAACACGAGCCGUGCGCUGGAAAAUACAAAAGAUGCUUUGGCAAAAACUUCCACAGAGCUUGAGAAUAUCUCUAGCGAGCUUCUUCAAACUAAAUUUGCUUUGCAAGAAGGCAAAGAGGAACUGGAGGGUUUGAAAUGCGACAGUAGCAAGAAAAUUACCGACCUGGAGUUGCAACUUGAAGCAAGAAUCGCUGAACUGUCUGAGACUAAUGCUUUGUUUCAACAGACUUCAAACGAACUGGAAGAGAAGGUGUCUGCCCUGGACAACGCAAAUGGUCAGAUAGACACUAAAACCCAGAGGCUGGAGCAACUGACAAGGGAGUUGAAAGGAACUAAAGACAACCUAGAAUCAGAGUUAGAGCAGAUAAAAGCUACACUUGAGGAAAGCGAAAGAAACCUGGAAGCAACGGCCACGGAACUGGAAAAGACCCGGGAGAGUUUUGAAAAUUCAAAGGCAGAGUCUACAGCCAAAGUUACUGCUCUCGAGGACAGUUUAAGAUCUUUGGAAAGCAAAUUGAAAGAUUUGCAGAAUACUACAAGGGAAUCCAUCGACUUGAAGGAGCUGGAGGUUGCUUCGUUGCGUGAUGAGCUCGAAGGUGCGAAAAAAGAGGUGUUGCGAUUAGAAGUGUCUGCGGAGGAGAAGAGCAGGAUCAUUGCAGAAAAGAGCAACGAGGUGAACUCUGCUUUCGAGUCUAUACAGCAGUCUUCGAACCAAGUUGAAUCCCUGCAAGAGGAGGUCUUCUUGAAAAGCGAAGACAUUAAAAGGCUGGCAGCCGAAAAGUCGGAUUUGGAAAACAACCUUUCUGUAGUUUCAGAGGAAAGAAAAGAGUUGCAAUCGGAAUUAGCGAAAACUAAGGCGAACCUGGAUGAAAGCGAGAAGAAUUUAGAAGCUACGGUCACUGAGCUUGAAGAGACGUGCAAGAAUUUGGAAAGUACGACAAUGGAUUCUUCCAAAAAAAUGGCCGAGUUGGAAAGCUGCAAAUACGGCUUGGAAGAAAAAGUUAGGCUAGGGGAGGAAUCCUUGUUGGCGACAAAACUUGAGCUGGAAACAAGCACGUCAGCCCUGGAAACGGCCCAGGCACAACUUCGCGAUGCGAAGGAUUCUUUUGCUAACACGAGCCGUGCGCUGGAAAAUACAAAAGAUGCUUUGGCAAAAACUUCCACAGAGCUUGAGAAUAUCUCUAGCGAGCUUCUUCAAACUAAAUUUGCUUUGCAAGAAGGCAAAGAGGAACUGGAGGGUUUGAAAUGCGACAGUAGCAAGAAAAUUACCGACCUGGAGUUGCAACUUGAAGCAAGAAUCGGUGAACUGUCUGAGACUAAUGCUUUGUUUCAACAGACUUCAAACGAACUGGAAGAGAAGGUGUCUGCCCUGGACAACGCAAAUGGUCAGAUAGACACUAAAACCCAGAGGCUGGAGCAACUGACAAGGGAGUUGAAAGAAACUAAAGACAACCUAGAAUCAGAGUUAGAGCAGAUAAAAGCUACACUUGAGGAAAGCGAAAGAAACCUGGAAGCAACGGUCACGGAACUGGAAGAGACCCGGGAGAGUUUUGGAAAUUCAAAGGCAGAGUCUACAGCCAAAGUUACUGCUCUCGAGGACAGUUUAAGAUCUUUGGAAAGCAAAUUGAAAGAUUUGCAGAAUACUACAAGGGAAUCCAUCGACUUGAAGGAGCUGGAGGUUGCUUCGUUGCGUGAUGAGCUCGAAGGUGCGAAAAAAGAGGUGUUGCGAUUAGAAGUGUCUGCGGAGGAGAAGAGCAGGAUCAUUGCAGAAAAGAGCAACGAGGUGAACUCUGCUUUCGAGUCUAUACAGCAGUCUUCGAACCAAGUUGAAUCCCUGCAAGAGGAGGUCUUCUUGAAAAGCGAAGACAUUAAAAGGCUGGCAGCCGAAAAGUCGGAUUUGGAAAACAACCUUUCUGUAGUUUCAGAGGAAAGAAAAGAGUUGCAAUCGGAAUUAGCGAAAACUAAGGCGAACCUGGAUGAAAGCGAGAAGAAUUUAGAAGCUACGGUCACUGAGCUUGAAGAGACGUGCAAGAAUUUGGAAAGUACGACAAUGGAUUCUUCCAAAAAAAUGGCCGAGUUGGAAAGCUGCAAACACGGCUUGGAAGAAAAAGUUAGGCUAGGGGAGGAAUCCUUGUUGGCGACAAAACUUGAGCUGGAAACAAGCACGUCAGCCCUGGAAACGGCCCAGGCACAACUUCGCGAUGCGAAGGAUUCUUUUGCUAACACGAGCCGUGCGCUGGAAAAUACAAAAGAUGCUUUGGCAAAAACUUCCACAGAGCUUGAGAAUAUCUCUAGCGAGCUUCUUCAAACUAAAUUUGCUUUGCAAGAAGGCAAAGAGGAACUGGAGGGUUUGAAAUGCGACAGUAGCAAGAAAAUUACCGACCUGGAGUUGCAACUUGAAGCAAGAAUCGGUGAACUGUCUGAGACUAAUGCUUUGUUUCAACAGACUUCAAACGAACUGGAAGAGAAGGUGUCUGCCCUGGACAACGCAAAUGGUCAGAUAGACACUAAAACCCAGAGGCUGGAGCAACUGACAAGGGAGUUGAAAGAAACUAAAGACAACCUAGAAUCAGAGUUAGAGCAGAUAAAAGCUACACUUGAGGAAAGCGAAAGAAACCUGGAAGCAACGGUCACGGAACUGGAAGAGACCCGGGAGAGUUUUGGAAAUUCAAAGGCAGAGUCUACAGCCAAAGUUACUGCUCUCGAGGACAGUUUAAGAUCUUUGGAAAGCAAAUUGGAAGAUUUGCAGAAUACUACAAGGGAAUCCAUCGACUUGAAGGAGCUGGAGGUUGCUUCGUUGCGUGAUGAGCUCGAAGGUGCGAAAAAAGAGGUGUUGCGAUUAGAAGUGUCUGCGGAGGAGAAGAGCAAGAUCAUUGCAGAAAAGAGCAACGAGGUGAACUCUGCUUUCGAGUCUAUACAGCAGUCUUCGAACCAAGUUGAAUCCCUGCAAGAGGAGGUCUUCUUGAAAAGCGAAGACAUUAAAAGGCUGGCAGCCGAAAAGUCGGAUUUGGAAAACAACCUUUCUGUAGUUUCAGAGGAAAGAAAAGAGUUGCAAUCGGAAUUAGCGAAAACUAAGGCGAACCUGGAUGAAAGCGAGAAGAAUUUAGAAGCUACGGUCACUGAGCUUGAAGAGACGUGCAAGAAUUUGGAAAGUACGACAAUGGAUUCUUCCAAAAAAAUGGCCGAGUUGGAAAGCUGCAAAUACGGCUUGGAAGAAAAAGUUAGGCUAGGGGAGGAAUCCUUGUUGGCGACAAAACUUGAGCUGGAAACAAGCACGUCAGCCCUGGAAACGGCCCAGGCACAACUUCGCGAUGCGAAGGAUUCUUUUGCUAACACGAGCCGUGCGCUGGAAAAUAAAAAAGAUGCUUUGGCAAAAACUUCCACAGAGCUUGAGAAUAUCUCUAGCGAGCUUCUUCAAACUAAAUUUGCUUUGCAAGAAGGCGAAGAGGAAUUGGAGGGUUUGAAAUGCGACAGUAGCAAGAAAAUUACCGACCUGGAGUUGCAACUUGAAGCAAGAAUCGCUGAACUGUCUGAGACUAAUGCUUUGUUUCAACAGACUUCAAACGAACUGGAAGAGAAGGUGUCUGCCCUGGACAACGCAAAUGGUCAGAUAGACACUAAAACCCAGAGGCUGGAGCAACUGACAAGGGAGUUGAAAGAAACUAAAGACAACCUAGAAUCAGAGUUGGAGCAGAUAAAAGCUACACUUGAGGAAAGCGAAAGAAACCUGGAAGCAACGGCCACGGAACUGGAAGAGACCCGGGAGAGUUUUGAAAAUUCAAAGGCAGAGUCUACAGCCAAAGUUACUGCUCUCGAGGACAGUUUAAGAUCUUUGGAAAGCAAAUUGGAAGAUUUGCAGAAUACUACAAGGGAAUCCAUCGACUUGAAGGAGCUGGAGGUUGCUUCGUUGCGUGAUGAGCUCGAAGGUGCGAAAAAAGAGGUGUUGCGAUUAGAAGUGUCUGCGGAGGAGAAGAGCAGGAUCAUUGCAGAAAAGAGCAACGAGGUGAACUCUGCUUUCGAGUCUAUACAGCAGUCUUCGAACCAAGUUGAAUCCCUGCAAGAGGAGGUCUUCUUGAAAAGCGAAGACAUUAAAAGGCUGGCAGCCGAAAAGUCGGAUUUGGAAAACAACCUUUCUGUAGUUUCAGAGGAAAGAAAAGAGUUGCAAUCGGAAUUAGCGAAAACUAAGGCGAACCUGGAUGAAAGCGAGAAGAAUUUAGAAGCUACGGUCACUGAGCUUGAAGAGACGUGCAAGAAUUUGGAAAGUACGACAAUGGAUUCUUCCAAAAAAAUGGCCGAGUUGGAAAGCUGCAAACACGGCUUGGAAGAAAAAGUUAGGCUAGGGGAGGAAUCCUUGUUGGCGACAAAACUUGAGCUGGAAACAAGCACGUCAGCCCUGGAAACGGCCCAGGCACAACUUCGCGAUGCGAAGGAUUCUUUUGCUAACACGAGCCGUGCGCUGGAAAAUACAAAAGAUGCUUUGGCAAAAACUUCCACAGAGCUUGAGAAUAUCUCUAGCGAGCUUCUUCAAACUAAAUUUGCUUUGCAAGAAGGCAAAGAGGAACUGGAGGGUUUGAAAUGCGACAGUAGCAAGAAAAUUACCGACCUGGAGUUGCAACUUGAAGCAAGAAUCGCUGAACUGUCUGAGACUAAUGCUUUGUUUCAACAGACUUCAAACGAACUGGAAGAGAAGGUGUCUGCCCUGGACAACGCAAAUGGUCAGAUAGACACUAAAACCCAGAGGCUGGAGCAACUGACAAGGGAGUUGAAAGAAACUAAAGACAACCUAGAAUCAGAGUUAGAGCAGAUAAAAGCUACACUUGAGGAAAGCGAAAGAAACCUGGAAGCAACGGCCACGGAACUGGAAAAGACCCGGGAGAGUUUUGAAAAUUCAAAGGCAGAGUCUACAGCCAAAGUUACUGCUCUCGAGGACAGUUUAAGAUCUUUGGAAAGCAAAUUGGAAGAUUUGCAGAAUACUACAAGGGAAUCCAUCGACUUGAAGGAGCUGGAGGUUGCUUCGUUGCGUGAUGAGCUCGAAGGUGCGAAAAAAGAGGUGUUGCGAUUAGAAGUGUCUGCGGAGGAGAAGAGCAGGAUCAUUGCAGAAAAGAGCAACGAGGUGAACUCUGCUUUCGAGUCUAUACAGCAGUCUUCGAACCAAGUUGAAUCCCUGCAAGAGGAGGUCUUCUUGAAAAGCGAAGACAUUAAAAGGCUGGCAGCCGAAAAGUCGGAUUUGGAAAACAACCUUUCUGUAGUUUCAGAGGAAAGAAAAGAGUUGCAAUCGGAAUUAGCGAAAACUAAGGCGAACCUGGAUGAAAGCGAGAAGAAUUUAGAAGCUACGGUCACAGAGCUUGAUGAGACGUGCAAGAAUUUGGAAAGGACGACAAAGCAUGGUGAAUUGGAAUUACGCAAGUUUAAGAAAAAAGCCAACAUGGGAUUUUUGAAGAAAGUCGAAGCUCUUGAAUCAAUUAAAUCGGAAUUAGCAAAGAGUGCCAUUAAAAUUAGUGAAUUGCAAGCCGAGUUGGAUAUGGAGAUAGGUGCUAAUAGAGAUUCGUUGAACAAAGUUUCCUUUUUGGAGGAAAGUUUAUAUAUUAAGCGAGAUGAAAUUAAUAAUUUAGUUAAAGAGAUUAAAGAGCAUGCUACAAUUAUUUCUCGUAUUGUUUCAGGUUUUAAGAAAAAGUCCUUGCUUAAUGAUCAUUCCGUACUGCUAGAGCAAUAUGCAUCUGAAAUUCUGAUGUUAAAGGAGCAAAUUGAUCUGAAAGAAAAUGUAAUUAAUGCAGAAAGACAUGAUCUGGAAAUCGUUAAAAGCUUAUGCGAAAAUAUGAAGGAAGCCUUGUUGUCAUCAGAGCAGAUGGUGUACGAUCUAAAUGAAAAGUUGAAAAUUAAGGAAGAAAAACAAUCGGAGUGUGAACGCCUUCAAACUUUACUGGAUGACGAAUACAAACUGAAAGCGGACUUGGAAGGCCAACUGAGUACUUUGCAGAACCAGAUCAAACAACUGGAAGACGAGGCGGUCAUUCUAAACGAGCAACACUUGAACUACGUUGACGUAACUUCGAAUCAAGCUUUAAAACAAGACGAAUUAAAUCAGACGAACGUAGAUCUUCACAGAGCUCUGGAGUUGAAGGAGGAAGAAAUGAGAAUGCUCAAAGAACAUUUCAGUAUUUCCUUAAAAGAAAACGACGAAAAAAUCAAUAAUAUUAGCACCAACCUUCAGUCGAAAGAAGAAACAGUAUUGUCCCUCUUGCAACAAUUACAAGUAGCUCAAGAAGAACUUGUAAAGGUUAAACAGGAGGGUGAUUUGCUCAAAAAUUCGAUCAAGGAAAAAGAAGAAGAAGUCACGAUUGUCAAUGCCAACCUGAGAUCGAAAGAAGAUGCAGUGGUUUCAUUGCUUGAACAGUUUGAAGAGGCGCAACAAGAAGUGACAAGGUUGAGAAAAUGUGACGAAACGGCGAAUGCUAGACUUUUAGACAAAGAAGAGGAGAUUAAAGUAGUGCAUUCAAACCUACGCUCCAAAGAAGAGACAGUGAAAAUGUUGCUCGAUCAAAUCGAAGAGCUCCAGCAAAACAUCACCAAUAUAAAUGGCCGUGAAAGCCAGUUGGAUUCUAUUGUCUCGCAUAAGGACGGGCAAUUGCAAAAACUGAAGGAGUCUGUCGAAGAACAAGCGAACGUCAUUUUGCGCUUAAAGGAAGAAUUAAGUAACACGGAGAUCACAUAUCAAAGUGACUUGCGAGAGGCUGAGGAGAUCUACAACGAUUUGCAGAAGCAAUUCGAUUCUGCAUCAGAAGCCGAAGCAACCCUUCAAAAGAUCUUGCAAGAAAAAGAAUUGUCGCUAAGCAAGGACGUCGAGGAUAAAAAAAACAUGAUUGCAGAGCGGGACGAGGAAAUAAAAAUGCUUAAAGAGAAUUUGCAGUUUAAAGACAAAGCCGCGGAGGUUAUGUACGAAAAGAUGCAGCAAACUGCCGAAGAGGUGGAGAGUAUAAAAGCCGAGCUUCAGAAGAAAAACGGUGACAUUGAAAAGCUGAUGAAAACCGUAAAUGAAGGACAACUGCAAAUGCAGGCGAGCAAGAAUGCAUCGCAGCUAGCACACUCGAACGUUUUGGAAAUCGAGAGCGCGAUGCAACAAUUGAAACAGGUGAAUAAAGAAUUGGAAAACGAAAAAAACGAAAUGGAAAAAACAGUGAAAACAUUAUACGCCGAGCUUCAAUCGUUAAAACAAGCCGAAGCUAAUUUAGAGUUGGUAAAGUCAAGUUCCGAAGAAAAAGAUGCAGCUUUGCAACAGAAAGAUGUCGCACUAAAAGCUGUGCAGAAAGAGAUGGAAAACACGAAAACGAGUUUACAAGAGGCUUACCAAAUACAACAGCACUUGCAGAAAGUCUUGGUGGAAAAGGAAGAAGAGCUAAUCCAAGAGCAACAAAGAUAUGUUAAUGUAAGCCACGAAAAAGAACAAGCAAUACUUGGUCUUAACGAGGCCUUACAAUUUAAAGACAACACUAUCCGUUCCUUGCGUGAACAAUUACAAAUCUUUGACGAAGAAGAAAUUAAAAGCCAAACUUUAAAAACUCAACUAAAUGUUUUAACAUCAGAAGUAGGUACGCUCCAAAAAGCCCUGGAAGAGGCGCAAGUUUCCUUAGUUAACACUCAACAAAAGUUAGAAGCGUUACACGUGGAAAAGGAAAACGUUUCGCAACAGUUGAGCGACAAAGAUAACAAGAUUUCAAGUUUAAACGAAGCGUUGGAAUUGAAAGAGAAAGAGCUCAGUGAGUCUCUUUCCAAUCUAAAGUUGUCUCGCGAACAAAACGAGAGCGACAAACACGAAGUGUCGGAUAAUUUGCAGAAGCAGGUUGAAGACAAAUCGAAAGAGAUCUUGGAGUUGAAAGCUAAGGCAACCAAGAAGUUCAAAGAAGUCAACAAGGAAUUAAAAAGCGCCAAAAAAAGGAUCAAGGAGUUGGAGGAGAAAGAUCUCGAGAUUCAAAAACGGCUCACUGAACAGACUGUUGAGUUUGAAGAAAAAGCAAAACAGUUCGAAGUUGCACAAAUGUCAUCCGACAGUGCUGCAAACGAGAAUGAACUUCUAAAACAGCAAAACGAAGCGUUCCAAACAAAAUUAGAAGAAUAUAAGCCGCAAGUACAGGAACUAAGUUCCCUGUUAGCAACCGCACAAGAAACUGAAUAUGAAUUGAACCGGAAGCUUGACCAGUUUGAAAAAACGGACGAGUUAGUGAAGCAGGAAUUGAGAAGUAAAGUGAAGCGUAUUGCAUAUCUUGAGCAGGAAAUUGGCCAGCUAUCUGUUAAGAUGCAAGACAAGGAGGAAGAGUUAGUGGCUAUAAAAGAAAUGUUGCAAAACGCUCUAAACAACCUUCAGCAGCUGCAAUCAGACCAAGCAUCUCGCGACGAUGAUGUGGAAGCACUUCGAGCUAAGGUAAAUGAGGAAAAGGAAGAACUUAAACGUAUCAAUCAGUUGCUGUUAGAAAAGGAAGAACACUUUAGUUUAACAUUGGUCGAUAAAGAAAGCGAAGUGACCAGACUGCGAGAACAAUUGCACGAAGAGUUCGCUAAAAACGAGCAAGUGUUGUCGCAAUUAGAACAGAAAGAGGAUGAGCUACAAAACUUACAUGCUUCGGUCGAAAACAACCUAUCGCUGCUAAGUGCGGGUCAAGAAAAAGAACACCAGUAUUGUGAAGAGAUCGCUCGGUUAAAUGCACAGCUGCGAAAGUUUUCUUCUGGAGAAGAGUUGAGAGAAGAAUUUGAGAAAACGAUGCAGUCCAAGAGUGAAGAACUGCGACAGGUCAUAGAAGUACUUGCUUCGAAGGACGAGAAGUUACUGGUGUUGCAAGAAUCGCAUGAUGAAUUGAUGGAGAAGUGCGAUAUGUUGGAUAAAAGUAUAAUAUCUAAAGAUGAAGAAAUCAAAACAUUGCAAGGUAGCCUGGACGAAAAGGUCGAGCAGCUUCAUAAGCUGAAAGAGAAAACAGCUCGCAUCGUGAAGAAAUCACAAGCCAUGAAAACGGUGAUAACUGAGAAGGAUUACAAGAUCGAGAAGCUAAACCAAGCCACAGUGUCUCUAGAGAAACAAAUUUCGGAUGAAAAAGAAUCACUUGAGAAUGUUAGGAAUGCGUAUGACGCGUUAAAAAACGGCUACGAAGACGUGCAGACGCAAAACAACGAGAUUCUGGCCGAGAUAGCAACAGUAAAAAAUACCUGUGACGAAAAGGAUGAAGAAAUUAAGCGGUUAGAAAAAGAAUUGCUAAAAGCUAAUCGAAUUAGCUCAUCGCAGUUGCCCCUAAAACUUGUCGAUGAAUCGGUAGCAGUACCUUUAGAAGUUUCAUUGGCGGCUAGUGCCCCUUCAGAAGCGUCUACAACUGCCACUCUGCAAGACUUAGAGUGGGACCCGACUGUCCCGACUGCUGAGUACUACCACUCUCGUCAAAGUUCGAUUGAUAUUCCUUUAGUAUCUCCUGAGGAUGCAGUACCAAGAACUCCAGUUAAUGAACCUUUCAUUGACUGCAGUGAGGAAUCUACAGUGUAUGCAAUACCAGAUGUAAGUCGCAUUGAUGACCCCUUCCGUACGCCCGUCCAGGAAGAGGCUCCAGUGGCGACACAGGAGCGCCCCUUAGAGUUGUUUCCUGUGCUGGAGAAUGAACAGGAUCUACAAACACCAAUCGCUAAGAAGGUUUGUUGCGUAUUCAGUGGCGAAGAACAAGACCCUACUGUUAAGCAAAAAGAGGAGGAGGUCGAGACAUUGAGCAAUAAGAUUGUAAAACAAAAUGAAACCCUCUGUAAAGCAAAGAGAAGAAUAGCGUUGCUUAAAAAGGCAGAAGUUGAACUUGCUAGAGGAUUGCAGAUAUCACAAGACCUUGGAAAACAGUUGACAAAAGAUCAGGAGUUGUUGAAAAAGCAAAACAAAAGUUUGCAGGAACAGUUGGUUGUUGCAAACAUUGCCCAGCAGGAAAUGCAAGCCCGUAACGACCAGUUAACUAACUUAAUCAGGCUUGUCGCUGAGGAGAAUGACGAGAUACAAGAUGUAGAUGCGUUGAUAACGAGCAUUCAACAAUUAAAAGAAGCUCAACAACAGAAAUCAAAAUCCGACAGUGAUGUUGUCGAGAUGUUGGGGAAAGCGAAUCAAGAUUUGCAAGAUCAGUAUGCCAAACUGCAAGCUUCUUAUAAGACCAAGGUGACUGAAUACGAAAUGCUAACAAAAGACAUGAAGAAUCUAAUCAAUGCCAAAGUAAAAUACGAGGAACAAAUUGAAACACUGAAGGGUGAGCUGCAAAAGGCGGAAGGUAAAAUGAUCGAUCCCGAAACGAUGGCACAGAAACUUACUGAUUUGCGGGCUGAACUUGAAGAGGAAAAAGAAAGGGAGAUUGCAGUUUUAAAAUUGGCUAGGGAAGAAUACGAGAACGUAAAAGAUAAAGCCAUCGAAGAAAAUCUCAAACUUUUGGAAAGAAAAUUUGAGAAGGAACGCGCAGAGCUUCGUGAGAGUUUGGAAGAAGAGAAAUCUCAAUUUCUUCAGAAUGUCGAAGAGGAUCAGCUCCAAGCGUUUAAGGAUCAAGAGAAAGUUUUACACGAAGAAGCUGAUAGAAGGGUUAAUACUGUAGAAGAAGAAUUAAACGCUAUUACCCUGCAACUACAAAGUGCGGUAGCUGCUCUGGAAAACGAAAAAAUAUCGAAGAAUAGUAUAUCAAAAGAACUUCAUGUUAUCAGGGACGAAUUAAAUAUUGCGAGAAGCAAGAGACAGAAAGAUGGCGAUGCUUCGAGAGAUCACGAAGAAUUGUUGAGUGAGAAAGUGAAGAAAGAAAUUGAUGAAGAACUGAAGACUGCUCUUGCAAAUCAAAAACAAGCAGAGGCCGAACGAGAUUGCGAAAGGUUGCUGAAAGAACAGUACACGAAGGAAUUAGAAUAUCUAAAAGGCGAGUUCCAAACCUUGCAAGGCGCACAGCAAAAAAGUGUCGAACUCAACACGCAGUUUGAAGAGUUGAAGCAACACAAGGAUCUCGUUAUAAAAAAGUUAAAGGUGAAACUUAAGCAAACAAUCACUGAAAAGGAUCAACUUAACGCAUCCCUGAGUGAAGCCUUGGAUGCCUCCGUGAACUUUUCCGUAAAAGAGGACGCUAUCAAGUUAUUAGAACAAAGGAUUUCUGAUCAAGAACAAAAUCUUCUAGACGUCACAGAAGAAAGUUUAAAACAGCUAAGGGAGAAAGAAGAGCUAAUCGAGGCUCUUAAAGACGAGUCCGUUUGGUUAAAAGAAUCUAUGGCUCCACUUAUAAACAAAGCAGACAACGCCGAUUCUCUAUCGGGAGAAAAUCAGAUAUUAAAGCACCAGUUAGAAGCUAAGGAUGGAGAAAUAUCUCAUCUAAAAGAAAACGCAAUAUUGAAGGAGAAUGAAUUGACUUAUCUGAUUGAACAAGAGAAAACUGCUCGCGAAGAAUUCAGCGCUCAGGCUGAAGCCUUUAAAGUACAACUGGAGGAAAAGGAGAACUCUCUAAAGGCGGCUAGAGACGAAGCGCAAUGGCUCCAAUCGCAAUUGGAUAAUUUAGGUCCUAAACUAGAAAGGUUAUCUAUAGUCUCAGAAGAAGUACUCAACUUAAAGGAAGUCCUGAGCAAGGAACUGAAAACGAAAGAUGAUCUUAACAACCAAAUGUUGAACCUUGAACGGAAAUUAUUUGACAAAGAGAAUGAAAUUAAAACUCUUUACGAACAGUGUGGUAUGCUUGAAACUCAAAUAUCCACUUUGGUACAUGGCAAAGACGAAGUUGAGCAUACUCGUGCAAAAUUGGAUGAACUAAAUGAAAUAUGCUCCAAUCAAAAUGGGGACCUGAACCAACUCAGAGACACUUUAAAAACUCGUGAAAACCAACUGGAGGAGGUAAAGAGGGGGUUGAUGUUGAAAAAUAAUGAGGUGGAGGAGAUUCAAGGAGUACUACAAACGAAUGAAGUGGAGCUAGAAAAUCUGCGUUCGAUUAUUGAGAGAGAACAUGGCAGGUAUGAGAAGAUGCAAGAGGCUUUAAAUGCUGAGCAGAAAGAACUAGAAGACGCUAGUGCAACAGAAAAGCGCAUUGACGAGUUAACGAACGAGUUGCGUGCCAAAGAACAACAGGUCGUGCAGUUAAAGGAAAGCACAAAAGGCUUACAAGCUACUGUGAAAGAGAAGAAUAUCGUGAUAGAGAAAUCCAAGGAUAAAGUGAGUCGUCUUGAGGAGGAACUAAAAGAACUGCAGGAGAAAUUCGAUGCUGAUAAGUUCCGAUUUGAAGACUCGUUUAAUGAAUCUACUAGAACUAUAGAGGAGUUACACGGCAUCCGGCUCAUGUUACAAGGAAAAGAAGAAGAAAACGAAGAACUUGAGAAGAAGUUAAGCGAAAUGCAAAAUGAAUACGAGCAGUCUAUUAAUCAACUGCAAGACAGUCUGUGUGAGAAAGAAGCUUUGUAUGAAGAGAGCGUACUGCAGAUACAAAAAGUAAAAGAGAUGCUCGAAGACGAAGCGAAAGGAUCGGAAACAUCGAGCCCAGUUAAAAUUACUCCCCGUGCCGAUUUCAAGGAGCCAUUUGAAAUCGAACCUUUUGUUCAAAACAUGACUGCUGACUUUUCAUAUAAAACACCGAUGUCCGAGCAAACAUCCGAAGGGCAGGAGUCGAGUGGCUGGGGUGAUGCAUCUGGGUGGGAAGAUGAGAACAUUCUUCCUGAAUCUGAGCAACCCGUCGAGGCUGCUCUGCCAAUCUCCGUCAAUAUUGAAGCUUUAAAUGCAGAGAUAUCUACCCUAAGGGAAGAGGUAGCACAACUAAACGAAGUCAAGGAUCACAAAGACAUGGUCAUAGCUAAGUUAAAGUUAAAAGUAAAGAAGACAUUGAGUGAGCGAGACGAAUUAAAAGUACAAUCUGAAGCGAGUGGUGAGGUUGAUGCCGUAAAUGCUGAGCUUACAAAUGCGAAAAAAGAACUGCAGAAAGUACAAGUGGCCAUAGAACAGAAAGACACUGUGGUCGCUAAAUUGAAGCUUAAAUUGAAACAAACUAUCCAGGGAAGAGACCAGUUGAAAGAGAAUCUACAAUCUGAAGUCGAUCGACUGUCGCUUGAGAAGGACGUCAUAUUUAACGAGGUGUCGCAGAAAUUGCAGCAACAAGAAAAAGAGAACGAGCAACUCAGUCAAAGUAAUACUGAUCUUCAAAAAACUCUAAAAGCAGUCGAAAAUAAAGUGGUCUCGAAAGAAGGCGAAGCAAAGGAAUUAAAGGCCUCUUUCGAAAAAAAGGCUGUUUUUGUAGAAGAACUGAUUAUUGGUUUAGAAGAGUUGAAGAAGAGCUACUCAGAACUAAAAGAGGAAAAAGAUAAGCUAACUGCAGAUCUGGAAAUUAAAGAAGAACUUAUCGAGAAGUAUGAAUGGGAAACAUCGGAAAAGGAAGACCAAAUACGCGCCUUACAGAGAGAUGUAGCAAAAGGACAGGGAGAUUCAACUGAGUUUGAGGAAAUUAAGCAGACUCUAGAAGAAGCUUUAAAGAUAAAAGACGGGGCUGUUGAAAAGCUAAAAGAACAAUUGAACGAAUUGAAUCAUGAAAUUGCCAAAUUGAGAUCUGAACGUCAGUCCGUUAUUGCGGAAAAACAAAAGGAAUUAGGCGAACGCGAAGAAGCAAUAAAAGCAUUAGAAGAAAAACUACACAAAGCAAUGAACGAGACAAAUACGAGAAUUAUAAAGUUAGACAAGUUGAAUUCUCAAUUUGAAGCUGUUGAGAUCCUCUUUGGUUUAUCCAACUCAGAUGAAUCAUUGGUCGAACAGUUGGGUACAUUUAAGACUGACUCUCUAACUAAAAUUAAAGAGCUUGAAAGGAAAAUGAAUGAUUGGGAUUUAGAAGCUGCUAGUGUGUCCAGACAGUUGGGAGGAUUGGAGAGCAUGCUUGGUUUGCCAUCUGAAACGAAUAUUGCGUUGACUGAGAGAUUAGGCGCGUUGAAAACGCACAUUCAAGACUUAAAAGAAAGUGAAGUACCUUCUGAAACGAUGCGUGGAAAGGAAGUUGAAGCCAAGUUGCAGCAGACAGUGGAGUUGUGCAACGUAAAGGACGCCAAGCUAAAAGAAGUGAGUGACGUACUUGCGCAAAAGAAAGCUGAGUGUGAUGACCUAGUCGAGGAGAAUCAGGAACUUAUGGAUGAAAUUGAAGACCUGAAAGAACAGAUGAAAUAUGAAGCUGAUGAUCUGCUAAAUUACCAAAAAACAGAGUCGCAAGAUUCGACUGCAGCCUUGAAGAAAAAUUUGCUGUCGACUCAGAGUAAGUUGCGUGAAAAAGAAAACGAAGUCGACAUGAAGAGCGAAGAUGUUUCGAUUUUGCAAGUCGAACUGCACAAAACGAACAGUGAGUUACGCAAAGCACAGUCCUUGGUUGACCGACUUGAACACGAAAAAGAUCAACUUCAAACGGACAAUACAAUAAAUCAGGGAGAACUAAAUCGCCUGGAAACGGAAAACAAAAACCUUCAAAAGCAGAUCGACGUUUUAACAUCUCCGUCUGAUGAGUUGAGACUGGGAAGUGAAUCCGAUAUUCAGGAUGCGAUCUCGGAGAAGAAUAGAGCUUUCUUAGAACUUCGCGAUAUCUUUGAUGAAGUCGUCACUCAGAAGGAUAACGUGAUUAACACAUUGCGAAGCAAGUUAAACGAAUUACGCGACCAGCAACUAUCUAACUUUAAGGAAACACAAGAUAACGUUAAAUUAGUCGAAUCCAUUGCUAUUAAGCAAGAUGCUGACUUCGCGAAAAUGUCAAAGCAGGUGGACGAUCUGACGCGACAACGUGAUUGGCUGAAAGCAGAGCUUGAUCGCGUUAUCAGUGAAAAGACUAACAUAGGAGGUGCGAUACGCCAUCAUUUUGAGGAUAUCAGUUCAGGACUGCGAGGUGACGUCGAGUUAGCGUUGAAGGGUCGCGUGGAGUAUGAAACUGCGUUUGAAAUCCAUCGAUUAGAACUUGAAAAAAAACUAAACUUGCAAAAAGAAGAGCUGGACGCUGUUUUACUCGCCCUGAACAGAAAAAACAAUCUACUUCAGGAGAAAAAUACUGUUAUCGGUGAUCUGCAAGAAAGGUUGGAGAAAGCUGCGAAGAUUUUAUCGAAGGAGAAGUAUUACCAAAACUUGGAGCAACGCUUAAGUGAAUCGGAUGAAAGCGUGAAAAGUUUGUCUAAAGAAAGACAAAAGCUCCAGGAAGAUUAUAACGACUUAGUUCAAAAUUACGAGAGUAUAAAGCUAGAAUUCGAUCUUGUUUCUGCCGAAAAGAACCAAUUAAAGUUAGAGUCUGAUGGUAAAAUUGAAGAAGUGCUUAUAUCUAAAGCUGAGUAUUGCCAAAAUUUGCGCAAAACAUUUGAAGAUGCUACCAACGAGAAAGACAUUUUGUUGGACCAACUUCAGCAACGUGUUAGGAGUCACGAGCAGGUUCUUGCAGCUGCAGUUGAAAGCGAAAGACAAGCUUUGGAGGAAAACUUUGCUGAGAAGGAAAAGCAAUUAAAUAAUAAAAUUCAGCAGCUAGAACAGCAUUUGCAAAACACCCGUCUUGAGAGAGAAGAAAAUGUGAAGCAGGCUGCGUUUAAUGCUGAGAAGAAUAAAACUGAACAAUUGGAAAGUUUGCAGAAGGACUUCAUCUCGUUGCUAAGCGCUAAAGAUGAUAAAAUCAAAGACUUGUAUUCCCAGUUCAACGAAAGCCAGCAGAAGUGUUUUAAGUUCCAAGAGAAAGCAGACACUUUAACCCAAACUCUUAAGGAUAUGGACGCCACUGUUCGGGCAUUGCAGGACGAACUCCAGGUUUUGCAAGCAUCUAACAAGAAGCUCUUGCAGAGCAAAGCUUCGGAAGUUGAACAAGUUAUUGUGAACAAAGGCAAACAGUUAAAGAGCCUGCGAAAUGAAUUUGAAAAUGUAUUUGGCGAGAAGAACAAUAUCAUCGACAGUAUGAGGGAGACCUUAAAAUCAGCUCGUAACGAAUUGGCUGAAACACAUCACAAGUGUAGAGAAAGCACUGAAAAUAAUCGUAGUUUGGAGCAGUUGAUCACGGUACUGGAAACCGAUAAAAUCGAAUCGAAUUCCAAAGUCGCCUUACUAACAGACACAGUGGAGAAAUUGAAAUCUGACGUGAAAAAAGAGAAGGAGCACAGCAAAGCUCAAACUGACUAUGUUGAGCAAAUUAUGAAUGAAAAUUCUAGAUUGUUGUCCAACACAGAUCUAAUGGGAAAAGAGAUUUGCAGUUUAAAAAAGAAACUGUCUAGUGUGCAAGAGGACAAAAAAACACUGAAUAUGAGUUACACCGAGUUAAAUGCGCAACACGAAGCACUAAAAACCCAAGCAAAGGUCUUAGAAGGUGAUUCGGAGGGUAUUAGUAGUGUUGUAGACCAACUCAACGAAAGCGUUUCCAACAAAGACAAACAAAUCCGCAAAUUGGAAAGUGAAACUGUAGAAUUAAGAACAGAGAUUCUUGCUUUAGAAAAUGUUUUGGAAAAUAUCAAUAAUGUGGUCCUAGAAAUAACUGGCCUUGCCGCUUCAUCGCCAGAUAUAUUACCCGCCAACGUGCACGAAAAAAUUCGACAACUUGCGAACAAAUUGACAUCAGCCGAAAAAUACAACCAAGAGUUGAGUCAGAAGUUGAUUGAGUUAACGGAGAAUAAACAAAGCUUGGAAAUGUCCACACAGUGUUACCCCAUCGCCGAAGAUAAUGUUGUGCGAGGCUUGAAAAAUCAAGUCGAGCUCUUACAAAAUGAGUUGCUUAAUAUCACGGUUCAAAAAGAAAGCGCCGAAGACAUCGUUCGUGAAAAGUUCGAAGACAUACUUGGAAAUUUAAGAGAGGAUUUAACUGGAGCAAGAAACGGAUACAAACUUUUGCAAGAAGAGAAUUUCGCUUUGAAAAAUCAACUGGAUGUGUUCAGAAAUGUUGAUGCAAAGAGGUUACAAUCUUCGCCGACAAGUUUACCUCGCCCUCACUUCUUUAUCGAGACGCCCACCGAUGGUAGCGUUUUACCGAAAGAGUUACGCCAGAACAAUGAAUUAACGCAAGAUUCAUUUUUAGAACAAUCUUUUGAUACGUCGCCAAUCGAAGGUAAUGUGCGCUUAGAGUUUAUCGAUCCAAAUCAGUCUCAAAACGAGAAACUUCCUGUUGCAGAACCUACUGUUGAACCUGUGGUUGUUGAACCUGUUCAAGCAUCCGCCUCUAGCGACUUAAAAAGCGUUCCGUCUGAAGAAACUUCUGUUGAUGAAUUGAAGGCACAUUUGAAGGAAUCAAAAACAACUACUGCCAAGCUGAAAAAGUUAGUUCGUAAGUACAAAGAUGAGGUGUUAGAACGCCAAGAAGAAACCGAAAAUUUAACUAAAAGCAUAAACGAUAUAAACAACCAACUUAAAAAUUCACUUGCCUUUACGAACCAGGAAAAGCUUCGUUACGAGAACGAAUUAAGAAACCUUCGCGACGAAAUCGAUGCCUUAGUUGGCGAGAAAUCCACAGUAGUCGAUGGUUUGAAAGAGAGGCACGAGAAAGAGUUGAUUAAUCUGAAAAAAGAACUCGAAGAUGUGAAGCAAAAUAAUAAAAAUCAAUUACAACUCGUGUCAGACACGCUGCAUCAAACGCAAAGGGAGCUAAAAUCAAGUAGUGAUUGUAUUGACGACUUAAACACUAAAAUGCAGCAAUUGCACCAAAAUAUCGAAAAGUCCGAAGAGAACACAAAAAAGCUUAAAGAAGAACUUGCUCAGGCCAAUCUUCACGCAGCUUCCCUAAGAGAGGAAAUUGAACUGAAAGAGAAAGAUCGUUUCAGGCGCGAAGCAGAACUGACGCAGGUAAACUUGUUGUUAGAUACCAGUAAAGAAGAAGUAGAAAGUUUAAAAGAGAAGCUUAAACCUAAAGACACUUUUUCAGUCGAAACUGAAAAUCCACAGUUUGACGAACAUGUCAUCCAAGCCUACCAGCAAGCUCUUCUUGACGAACAAACGAGACUACGAGAAGCUGCUCGUGAAAUAGAAGAGCUACGGAAAGAUAACUACGCCGUUGCAGAAACCCUGGAAUCAGAAAAGUCAGAUUUGCUGGAUCGUCUACUCAAAACCGAAGAAAGUUUGGAAAAUAUGCAGCACGAAAAAAACGAACGUGAGGCUACUGUCAAAUCACUGAGAGAAGAUAUUGUAUUGAUUGUUCAAGAAAAAGAACGCCUCGUUUUUCAGUGGAGAAAGAAGUUGGAUGAAUCUGUGAAGAAGCGAGGGGAAAUUCGUGCUAAUUUGCAGAAUGAACUUGAACAAAAUUGCGAAGAGAUGGCUUUUGCUCAACACAAUCUAUCUUUGAUUAAUGAGUCAAUUCUAGAAUGUCAGGAAAAACUUGUAGCUUCCGAAGCGGAAAAAGAAAGGGCAACGACGACCGUACAACAAUUGAUUUCGAAGCUAAAUAUCGUCACUACUGAAAGGGAUACUUUACAAAACGCUGCAGAAGCAAAUCAGAUAGAGAUAAUGACAUUAAAUAAACGCUUAGAAUCGAGUCACAAAAAAAAGGAGAACCUGCAACAACAAAACAACGAGAGGAAGAAACGAAAUGAAGAAUUCCAAGCAGCUAUAGUUGACUUAGAAGUGCAGAAUACAAAGGAUCAAAGAACUAUAUCUACUCUGCGCCAAGAUGUCGAGUUGCUAAAAAUGGAGAAAAAGGAACUAGAAGGUAGGUUAAGAAAAGAAGUAGAAAAUGCAUGGGAGGAACUAGUUCAACAACACAACACGCUGCGAGGGGAGUCGUUUACAAAGGAAAAGACGAUACAGGAGCUACGGCGAGAGUUAGGAACUUUAAUCAGAGAGAAAGAAUUCUUGACAUCUGCCAUGCGUGGUCAGUUAUCCACUGGAGAACAAGCUCUUGGCGAUAUUGAGUACUUGAAGUUUCAAGUGCAACAACUUAAACGCGAGAAUGAUGAAAGCGCCAGUGGCUAUGAUACUCUCACGACUAAUGUGGAGUUAAAAAUGAAUGAAUUACAACAAGAGAAGGAAUCUCUUUCCUUAAGAAUGGCCACUCUUCGUGCCAUGCUCGAACAAGAAGUGAAGGACCAUGAAAAAACAAAAUUUUAUAAAGAACAGUUGUAUCGGAAUCGUGGUGUUGCCAUUGAUAAACUAAAGGGUAGCGUGACGGGGAUAAAAACUAAUUUGAAAUCCCUUCGAGAUGAAAUGGGUACCAACUUGUCUGGCGUGAAGCAAGUGUGCGAAGAAUUUGUGAUGAAUCUAGCACCGGCCAUCAUUAACGCGCAAUUACAAAAAGUUAACCAGCAAACAGCUCCUGUAAAUGAUAUCUUGCAACGAAAUAACAAUCUGUUGAAGGAACAGGUGAAAGAAAAAGUUUACGAUCUGGAGAGAAAUUCUCGGAAAUUGCAAGACUCUGAAAGCGCUCGUCGAUUGGCCGAAGCAAGGUUGAGAGAUUUGGUCAAUGUGUUGCAAGAGCUGGGAGCAAUUAAGGCAGUUCAGGACAAAUUGUUGCAAAAGGAAUCUAGUGUAGCAGCUCUUCACAAUCCUCCUUCAGAAAUUGAAGAAUUAAGAAAAAGUCUUGAUGAAAAAACACAUAAAAUUCAAGAAAACCUGGACACCAUAGUAUUGCUACAGAACGCUGUACAUGCGUGGCGCGAAAAGUAUCAUGCUCUUGAAGAUCAACUAAACACGAUACCAGUCAGUGAAAUAUCGCAACUUACCACUGGACCUGACCAGGGCUUCGUGGAGACUCCAAUGACUCCUUUAUCAUCCGUCAAAAUGACUGAACCGGAACCUGCGACACCUACCAUGCGCAGGACUUAAGUUUGUGUUUUGAGUAGCUUACUAACUUAACUUGGAAGUGAUUGUUCUAAAAGCGGUGUUGUGGAUUGGUAUUCCCAUUCAUGUAGUGCUUCAAAGAACUAUAAACUUUUUUAUAGUAGACUUCCACAUCAAUUGUAUGUAUAUAUACCAGCAACGAAAAACCAAAAGAAGACGGUACCGUUCAUCUUCUAGCUUCUCGCCGUGUAACACGUUCGGCGUGUUGGUGAAACAGAGUGUUGACGUGUGGAAUUACUUUUGUUUACAUUUUUUAUUUAAUGCGAAUUGCAAUAUUUGUUCUUGUAUGAACAGACACCAUUAAAAUUGUGAAUGGCACCCUUUUUACGGUUUCGCCAUAUUUGUAUAAACUAGCAUAAAAUUAUAUUUUAAAUGGUAUUUAUAAUUCCGAAACAAUAUGACAAAUAUACAAA